AUGACCAAGCCACGACACGCUCUGACGGAAGGUAAAGACUUGGACUUUCUCUGCUUCAACAGCCUUCUUCCAUUCCUCUCCCGGCUGCUCGAGCUCGGAGCAUUUCGGAACCAUAGCACCAUUGAGAGCCUCCUAGCUGUCAAGCCGCCAAAACAUACCACUUCUUGUCACAUCCAUUGGAAAGACCACAUUCUCGACACACCCUUCUUCGAAAGCCAGGCCCUGAGCCGGGCUGGUAAGAUCGAACGGGCGGAGGCAUUUGGGAGAAGGAUGAAAAACCUCGGGAUCCGUGCGGGCAUGCCGGAACCACCAACGCAACAUGACUGGCGGGCGGAAGGUCUCUUCAAGACAGCGUGGUUUUCGAUACCUCGGGUAUUGAAAGGUAUCAUUAUAUUCAAGAUCAAACAUUAUUAA